CUCCGCCUAUGAUUGUCCCCGCGGGGUCUGACUGCUGCAGGAGCAUCGUAGCACAGAUAGCAUAAAUCAGUGUAGCGCUCCAAGGAACAAGAACUGCUGUGAAAAGUGGCCAGUUUCCUAACUACCCUUUUGUUUAUGUUCACUGAGAAGGAGCUGAGGAAGGAGUGUGGAGGACUUCAAAGGGAGGAAGGAGGAGGAGUGUGGAGGAGGAGAAGAAGGAGAAGUGUUAAAGAAGAGACUCAGGAGAGGAGAUACAGAGGAGAGGAAUCUUUGACCCCUCACACACAGUCAUUAAGACUGUAACUUUGACCAACUUCGACCUCACCAGAGCUAAAAGAUGCCCUGUAGGAUCCGAGCGACCAGCAUGUUUAAUGCCGUGGCCAUUGUUUCCGCUCUUCACCUCCUCUCUGAAGGCAUGUUGCCGGCAGCAGAGGGCACAGGAGAGCCCUAUGGUAUCAACCGGCAGGUGGUGGAAGGUGCUGCCAGAGCAGGAGCUGCCAUGAAUGGCCAGCCUUCUUUACCACGUCAGUUGGAUUCCAUCCCCGCGCCUGCCCUCAACCAGGUGGUGACCGGGGAUGACCCUCUGCCAGGAGAGGUGGCCGAUGAGACGCUGACUGCGGAAAUCAACAUCACUGUGGAUGAUCCGGGGCAGCAGAGCCCCGCGGAGGAGGGAGGAGAGCGCGAGAAGCCUAAGACAGAGGGAAAGGAGGCGUCGCUGCCGGCCUGCAACAACGGCGUGGGUCUGGUGCGCUACGAGAGGCUUCCGGACACCGUCAUGGAGAGGACGCCCAUGCAAGCUGAUGUGAUCCGUAAGAACGACACGCCGGUGGAGGUGCUGGGGAUGUGUGUGGACCGCUGCCUGCAAGACGAGACGGCCCAGGGCUUCAAGAGCGUCUGUACCGCCUUCGACUUCCACCCCGGCAGGAAGAUCAACUACUACAACAAUGCUCUUGGAUUCACAGAAACCAAGUGCCUGCUCACUCGCCCGCCAGACCAGUACUCCGAAAUUCGUUACCGGGAUGAACAAGACAGUGUCCAUUUCCGCGAAGUAUGCUAUACCGCUUCCGUGGUAAGAGCGGAGUGCCCCACCCGGAUGUACGCCAUGGAGCGUCUCAGGAACAAGAGGUUCAUCCCGAAGGACGCCGUACAGGUCGUGGCAUCAACCAUCGAGGAGUGCCAAGACAAGUGUCUGAACCAGUACGCAGACGAGCAGGUGAGCACCAACAGGACCUGCAGGAGCGGUACCUUCGACAAGGAGCGUCGCCGUUGCUACCACUCCUCCUACACCGUCAGAACACAUCCCAACCUCCUGGAACAUCACCAGGACUACGACUACUUCGAGAACACCUGCCUCACUAAGGAUCGCCGUUGUCCCAAGAACAAACUGAUGUUCGUGAAGGCCGUGAACACCGAACUGGCUGGCUCCUACGACACCGAGGUACACAGGGGAGUCGAACUGGAUGAGUGUAAGGAAAGGUGCAUCGAUGGAGUCUCCAUCUUCUGCCGGAGCCUGGAGUACGACACCACCUCGAAGACGUGCGUCCUCUCCGACGAAGACGCCAUCAGCAAGCCGGAUCAGAUUAGGACCUCCACCUCCGACCGUCACCAGUACUACCAGGUCCUCUGCAUCGAUGGAGGUCAGUUUGCACCUCAGAAAGUGAAAGGUGACUACUUAUUUGAGAACUCCGACACACAGCAACUGAACCAGAGGCGCUAUAGCGACGUCCGCACCGCCUUCCAGCUCUUCAGAGACAGCAGACUCGAACUGGGGUCUGGAUUCCGAGGUUUCCGGGAGCUGGCAGGAAGACUCACUCUUGCAGAGUGUCUUGACGAGUGCCUCGAGGAGAGGUCCUUCCCCUGCCGCUCCGCCAUGCACUCUGAAUACUCCCAAGUGUGUAGACUCUCUGAGUACGACCAACUCAACGGCAGACUGGUCCCAGACCGCGAGUACAAUUACUUCGAGAAUCUCAUGGAGAACCUGAUGGUGACCCGCACGGCCUCUGGGUCAUCAGACACCGGCGUGGUAGUGGCAGGAGGCAGAACCAGUGUGUCUGCUGAAGACCAACCUACAGACGGAGUGGACGAAGCAGGUCCAGGCAGCGCAGGUCAGACCGGAGCCAGCCGUCCGGGCGUGGGAACUCGCUUUCCCGGGGACCGAACGGACAGCGAUGCCGGCAGUGGCGCCAGCGAUAUCGGAGGCACUGGUGGGAGAGUUAGUUUCUCAGCUGCCGAAGGCAGCAGAGGCGCCGGGGGCACCAACAGAUUUGGAGACAGCAGUGAAAGCAGGUUCGGAGAUGGGAAUAAGUUUGGAGACAGCAGGUUUGGAGUGAACAGAGGCAGUACUGACUCUAGCUUCGUCACCCUCGGCGGGAGAGGAAAUGGCGACGGAGAAAGUCGGUUCCGACCGCUCAGUCCGUCGCGCCCUGUAGGCACGCCACAGCAAGACCAGCCGGGAAUCUUCCGACCCGUUAGCACUGACCUCACCAGAGAGUUCGCCGGGGGUCGUGGGGCGCUGAACAGAGUCUUCGGGAGCGGUCGGCAGACGGACGCUGGAUCACGAAUCCUAGGUGCCCUAGGAGCGGUGGGGGUAGGGGUAGCAGGCGCAGAUGAUCCACUGUCUACCAUGGAAGUGACCCAGCAGUGCACGGAGGAUGGCAUGGAGUUCAACCUACGUACGGAGGAGCCCUUCCGUGGGCGUAUAUAUACGUACGGUUACUACGACCGCUGCUUCACCCGCGGCUCCGGCUCCACGGUCACGGUGCUCAAGAUCUCCGGUGCCAGGGGCAUCCCCGAGUGUGGCACCAUCAAGUACGCAGACACCACCACAAACAUCGUAGUGGUCCAGUUCUCUGACAACGUGCAGACCUCCCUCGACAAGCGGUACAACCUCACCUGCACCGUGGUGGGUCCAGGGGAGGCUGUCGUCACCUCAGGCUACAUCGGUGCAGGGUCUGGGGCGCCGACCCCUAUCGAGUACCUGCCUGCUGAGAACCAGUUACAGUCAAAGGUGCGCCUGCAGAUCAUGUACGGUGGGCGGCCCACCACAACCAUCGCUGUGGGUGACCCACUCACCUUCAAACUGGAGUCUCAGCGAGGCUUUAACCUCGUCUCGGAUAUCUUUGCCACCAACGUGGUAGCCAAGGAUCCUUACUCCGGCAGGAGCGUCGAACUCAUUGAUAGCAGAGGGUGUCCCGUGGACAACUACGUCUUUCCGGCGCUUGGCAAGGGCAGGGACGGAGACGGUCUGGAAGCCCGCUUCAACGCUUUCAAGAUCCCCGAAGCCAACUUCCUUAUCUUCGAGGCUAACGUCAGGACCUGCCGCAGAGGCUGUGAGCCGGCGCGGUGCACACUGGGAAAGGGACGAGACGACGCUGUAUCCUACGGUCGCAGACGACGAGGUGCUGGAGACGACCUUGAGACGCAGACUAUCCUCCCUAAGGACAACGAUGAUGACGAUGAGAACAGCGAAGAUGAGGGUCAGGUUCACGGCAUCUACGAAGUGUACCUCUCUCGGGAGGAGAUUGACGAGCAGGCUUUGACGCAGACACCGCUGCAGGAGGUGUGUCUAGGCAGUUCUGAGUAUUAUAGCCUCAUCGUAGCCCUCGUCAUCACGGUUGCCUGCCUCGUCGCCUCCCUCUUAUGCGUCGCCUUCUGCUUCAGGAAACACAGACAGCUGGACUUAAAGAACGCAGCUGCUGACGCAGGGAACCCGUACCACCAGCAGCAACUGCAGCAGCAGCAGCCACAGCAGCAACACCUGCAGCAGAAGAGCAAGUUCUCCUUCCCUGGCUCACACCCCAGGACCCUCACACAGCCCGCCAGGCAGGUUUACUUCCCCAGUGGAGAACCGACCAGCAGUGCCCCGCAGGCUGAGGAUGGAGCUGCCACCUCCUCCCGCUUCCCGGACCCGUCCGAACCCAUCUAUACCGACCCCGCGCUGUUCGAAAGGUCCUCGUCAGAUCAACCAACCCGUCAACGGUACGCUGACGGUGAGGAGUAAUGGAAGACGGGAGGAGGAGAAGCCGAGGAAGAAGAGGAGAUGAAGGAGGAAGAAGAGAACGAGGAAAUCCAGGAGGAAGAGAUCCAAGAGGUAGAAGAGUAUAAGGAGCGAAGUAGAGACGGAGGGAAGAGAAAAAUAGUAAUAGAGACGGAGAGAAGAGAAGAAUAGAAGUAGAGACAGAGAGAAGAGAAGAAUAGAAGUGAGAAAACGAGGGGAAUAGAUGAAGACAUGCAAGGAAAAGAGAAGACUUAAAAAUAUCACGAAGAAAUAAGAUGAAAAUAUCGAAAGAAAGAAUAAAAGCGGAAGACAAAUAAUAGAAAUGAAAAUAUGAAGGAGAGAAAAGGAAACCAAAACGAUUAAACAAAAAGUAAGAAAGAACGAAAAGAGAGAAGGCGCAGAAGACAAAAAACAACAAAAGAAACAAGAAAAUUUAUUUAAACUGAAGAUAUAAUUAACAGUUAUCAGAAAAAAUGAAAAAAAAAAACGAGAUUAGAAUUAGAGGAAUGAAGAAAACGAGAAGAUAGUUAACCCAUAGGUUUCUGGAACCCAGAGUUUUCUGAAACCCACAGGUCUCUGAAACCCACUGAUUCCUGAAACUCACAGGUUCUGAAACCCACAGGUUCCUGAAACCCAGCGAUUCCUGAAACUCACAGGUUUCUGAAAACCACGGGUUUCUGGAACCCACAGGUUCCUGAAACCCACCGAUUCCUGAAACUCACAGGUUUCUGAAAACCACGGGUUUCUGGAACCCACAGGUUCCCGAAAUCCACAGGUUUCUGAAACCCAGACUUGGGAAUGAGUAACCAAGGGUAAACAGAAGAGGAGAAAGGAGAGGCGUCGAUAAAUAAGAACAACACGAAAGUAACACAAGAAGGGAGGCAAUAAAUGCCGGGAGCAACAUAAACAAUAAUAAACGAGUAAAUAAGACAAACGAAACAAAGAAAAAUCCGCUAAACAAAUAAAGUCAGUUUUGACUCGUCCAGUGACCUGGUCCAUCAGAUAUUUUUCGAUAAAUUUUAACACAAGAGAAAAAAAUAUUUUUUUUAUCGAAGGCAAGCGCUAAGCCCGUAUGGGUCAUGGAGCGGUGCCAGCAGUGAAGAAGAGCUCACGUGAAGCCUGGUAUUGAGUCCCGCUGAAGCUCACUUUCUCGUGGGACUGGAAACUGAGCUUCAGUCAAGCUGAGCUCCAAGCUUCAACCAACUUCUCUCAAUCCUUUCAUCCAGAGUUCCAAAUGCCACAAACAUCAUUCUUAGAUUUAAGGUCUCGUAGGAUUUAAGUUUUUUAUACAAAAAAAAAAUAGCCAGAUAUAAAGAGCCAUUGUUACUUUGGGCUGCGUCCGAAUGGCAACGAUGAACCUUCCUUCCCCACACGCUGAACACCGCGAAGCCAAGUGCAGCGAUUCGGACACCCCUGACGUCACCAUGGCUCUCGGGCGUCGAUGCUAUCACACAAAUUUGAACUUUAUAGCCACUCCGAAUAGAGACGCUUUUUUUUUCUCUCACCGAGCGUCUAAACUUUUUUUUU